AGACUCAGAGAGCUGAAGUGAACUGAAGAAAACGUCAGAAUCAGAACCAAACCAAGCCAUGGACAAACUUGUUUUACUGUUGUCCAUGUUGUGUAUGAGUGUAUCCACGCAGCCGGUUAUAGACCAGCGGCGUUUCUCCAUUGCUGUGAGCAAAGUUCAGCAUCUUCACCUGCUUGCUCAGAAAUACUUCUCCGACUUUGAAAAUUCACUACAAACUGAGGAUCAGCGUCAAUUUAACAAAUUCCAUCAAGACUUCUGCAACCCUGAUAACAUUAUCAUCCCCGACAACAAGCAUGAGACACAGCGCAGCUCAGUCCUGAAUCUCUUGUUGAUCUCCAAACGACUGGUUGACUCCUGGGAAUUCUCCAUUCACUUCAUCACAUGGAAUUUGUUUCCCCGCAACCAGGUUUUACAUCGACUGUCAGAUCUGAAGAAAGGGAUCCAGAUGCUGAUCGAGGCCAGUGAUGGAGCAGAGAUGUCUGACAGCAUCACUCUCCCAGUAACUCCUUUUGGAAACUUCUAUGAGAACCUGGGCGGCAACGAAUCACAAAAGCGGAACUACGAACUGCUGGCCUGCUUCAAAAAGGACAUGCACAAGGUGGAAACAUAUCUCACAGUAGCCAAAUGUCGACUCUCCCCAGAAGCUAACUGUACCCUGUAGCCAUACACAAUGAAGAGGACGAUCCAAGUCUUUUACAGAUAUGCUUUAAAUUAGUUAGCAAUACAUUGCAUCUCGAUUGGUGCUGGUGAUGUGCCUGCUUAUAAAAAAUGUCAUUCUGUCGGCAUAUGUAAUAAAUAGUAUCCAAUGA